AUGGAAUAUUAGAAUAGCACAUUCUUUAAUAUAAACAGCCUUCUCAAUACUGAUUUAAGCAAUUUCAGUCAUCUUAACGUACAAUUAGAAAACUGUUAAUAUUUAAAUAAUACGGUGAUCCUUUAGCUUAAAAAUUGUUUAGCAGAGUGCUUAUAAUUAUAAACACUAAUAUUGAAUCUUUAAUUUGACGGUAUUUAAUUUCAAUAAAUGAAAUUAUUAACAGAAGGUUUGCCUGAAUAUUAAAAUUUAAAUAAUCUUUAGCUUCAUUUAAACGAAAAUGAAAUUUUACCAGAAACAGUAUCUAUUUUAGGGUCUUUCUUAAAGAAGUGCUAAUAAUUAACAAAGCUCAAAAUUGAAAUAACGGAAAAUUGUAUUGGUUCUGAAGGAUUAACUGAAUUAUCUAAUGCUAUUUAAACUAUCAAAAAUAUUUAGCACCUAGAACUCUAGGCUGGAAAUAAUUACAUCGAAGAUGAUGGAAUUUUAGCUUUAAGUAAAGCUUUAAGUCAUUUAAGUGUUUAAUUAACUGAUUUAGUCAUUGAAUUAUAAUAAAACCAAAUCACAGAAGAGGGAGCAUAUCAAAUUGGGGAAGCUUUAAGCAUAUGUAGUCAUCUUAAAAAUUUAGAUCUAUUUUUGGACACAAAUAAGAUUGGUGAUAGAGGAGCUUCAAGUUUAUUUACUGGUAUAAGCAAGUGCACUCAGUUAACAUCUUUAAAACUAGAUUUAUUAGAUAAUGAAAUCAAAGAUGAAGGGGCUUGCUAAUUUGGUGAAAAAAUAAGAUGCCUUUAAAAUAUUACUAAUAUUGAAAUAGUUUUAGAUAAUAAUGGAAUUCGUGAUAAUGGAAUAUCAAGCAUUGUUAUUGGUUUGAGCAAUUGCAAAUUGAUUACAAUUUUAAGUCUUAGAUUAAGAUAGAAUAAAAUUGAUUAAAAAGGAGCAAAUGAAAUCGGAGUAGCAAUAAGUACCCUCAGUAAUCUCACAAAUUUAGUUCUAUAUUUAUGUUAUAAUAGAUUAGGUUAUAGAGGAGCUUCAAAUUUUGCAUCAGGUUUAAGCAAAUGUUCUUAACUUAAAGAAUUGUCAUUAAGUUUAAAUUCAAAUAAAAUCAAAGACCAAGGAGCAAAUGCUAUUGGCGUAGCUUUAAGCAAUUGCAAAAAUCUAAAGAAGCUAGAAUUAUGGUUAAAUAAAAAUGAAAUUAGUCACAUAGGAGCAUCUGGCUUAGCUACAGGUUUGAGCAACUGUACUCAAAUUGAAUUUUUGUUGUUGAACUUAUAAAAAAAUAAUAUUGGCGUAGAAGGAACUUGUGCUAUAGGUAUAACUUUAAGCAAGUACAAUAAUAUUACAGAUCUAACGCUUGGAUUAAACCAAAACAAAAUAGAAGAUAUGGGAAUUUAUGGUAUUGUAAAAGGUUUAAGUAACUGUUCUUCAAUUAAAACCCUUUCUCUUACUUUAUAUGGUAAUAAUUUGACUAGCUAAGGAUAUUCAUAAAUAGAUUAAUGUAUUUACAGCAUGAAAAAUUUAAUACUGCUACAAUGUGGUUUAAGUGAUGGAGAAAAAUUACUAAAAUCGAAGGAAAUACUAGACUGUAACAAUAUAAAAGUACUGAAUAUAAUUCCAACAAAUUACUAAUCAGAGAGUGAAAUAAUGUAUCACAAAAUAAAAGCACUUAAGAUUAAAAGACUUGUUCAAUUAUAGUUAGAAAUCGACUGA